CUCUCUCUCUUUCUUAAAUUCCCUCUUCCACUGUUUUUUUCCCUUCGCUCUUUCUUUCCCACACGCAGAUGCAGAUGCUCUCACACACACCUUCUCCUCCUCUCCCCGUAUCCACCGGCAACUGCACCGAGCAGGCUCCCUCACUGAGCCCGUGGAUCUCGUCACUUGACUAAUUAGCCUGGAAGUGCUGUUGAAGAUCAUCAUAUUUAGCUUGCCGACCCAGCAGCAGAGUGCAGACAGAUAUAGACCAGUCUGGCUGCAGGCUGAGUGCCUGGCAGUGGGCAGGCUCUCUAUCUCUCUCUAUUCACACUCAGUGCCGAAAGGCUUAUAAGUGGCGGAGCAGCGGAAGUGAGGGGCGGCAAUGCUUUGAAAGAGACGAAAAGAGGAGAAAGAGAGAGAUCGGAGCUGAGACCACAACCAGACCACACGAUGCGACUUCGCUGCAGAAGCAAAUCCCCUUAGACUUCUAGAGGCAGCGGCCACUGUUCAGCAGCACUGCUUCCAACACACAGAGACAGAAGAUGAUUGACAGUCAGCGACCAUCGCAGAGGAGGCCCAUGACAAACCUUACCGCAGACAGAGGCCAGUUGAAAACCAGCACCUACAUCGUGCCCUGUUUCCUCUUCGUGGAGCUGGUGAUCAUGGCAGGGACCGUUCUGUUGGCGUAUUACUUUGAGUACACGGACACGUUCCCCGUGCACAUCCAGGGCUUCUUCUGUUUCGACAAAGCCUACUCAAAGCCAUACCCAGGACCAGAGGACUACAGCAAGGCGCCGCCGGUCCUGGUCUACUCCCUCGUCACCGCCAUCCCCACUGUGACGAUUCUGAUCGGGGAAGUGACGAGCUUCUUUGUGAAGACGGAGGGUUCUCAGGAGAAGACCAUAGUGACUGCUGACUGCUGUUAUUUCAACCCUCUCCUCCGAAGGAUCGUACGCUUUCUAGGUGUCUACUCCUUUGGUCUCUUUGCCACCACCAUCUUUGCCAAUGCCGGUCAGGUGGUGACAGGAAACCAGACCCCUCACUUCCUGUCCGCCUGCAGACCAAACUACACAGCUUUAGGCUGCCAGUCUCCUCUGCAGUACAUCACAGAGAACCGAGCCUGCACAGGAAACCCUUUCCUGGUGGUGUCCGCUCGCAAAUCCUUCCCGUCCAAAGAUGCAGCGCUCAGCUUUUAUUCAGCCAUCUACACAGUGAUGUAUGUGACGUUGAUGUUUCGGACCAAAGGAACCCGUCUGAUGAAGCCCACCCUGUGCCUGGUGCUGCUGUCUCUGGCGGUGCUGGUCGGCGUGGUGAGAGUGACGGAGCACAGGAACCACUGGAACGACGUCCUGGCUGGUUUUGUCACAGGAGGCGCCAUCGCUGCAUUCCUGGUGUCCUGCGUGAUCAACAAUUUCAAACCAACCAAGCUAGCAGUGCCGACUCCGCCUCCCCCUCCACAGCGCCCAGAAGCCCCCAUCAGUCUGCCUCUGAUCAGCCUGCCCCGUGUGGAGAGUCCACUCGAAAAGUUAAGUGGCUUCCAGGCUCCGGGGCUACCAUAUUCUGAGAUCACAUGACCAUCAGCCAACCCUGCCCCCCGCCCCGCCCGAUGUGCUCCUCCCCUCAAGACGUUGCCUCACCAGCUCAGUCUAGACCUGCCCCGUGAAAUCCCCCCGCCCUGCCCCGCCCACCCUGAAGGACGAAAACCUCUGAGGCGAGUCAAAUCCACGCAGGUGUGAGGCUUCACUAAUCACAGAGGACAAAGCCUGGAGCCAACCGGGAAGCAAAGACCUGUCGUCUCCUUUCCCUGUGAUGCUGUGUUUUGUCCUUCAAGAUGGCCGCCCUUUUCUUUUGGGUGUAAAAGAUCCAUGAAAAGACUCUUUAAGGCCAGAGCUGUUAAAGCAAUACUGUGUCCUUGCGGUUUUCCACAAAGAUUCAACGGUGACUCUAAAGACUGUUGGCUGGUGAUGACUUGAUAUUUCCAAUCAAAUAAAAAAAAACUCAGCUGAGCUGAGGGUCACAAGUGGAUUUUCCUCAAGAUCAUUUUGUUAUACUCAGGACAAUUAGGGGAAACAGCUGAAAGAAGACCUUUAUGUAAUAAUGCUGGUACUGUUGAGUGAUAUGGUACAGAUUUUUGGUUCUGUGCACAAGAAGAGAUGUUGUCGUUGAGGGAAGCACUUUUGUAAAUUAUAGCACAGAUGAACCAGUUUAAAACUCAGUAAACAAUGUUGUAAUUUUCAGUUUUGAUUUUAAUUGUGCAACGUGAUAGAAGAGUGGUUUAUACACACUAGGGCUUUGCUUUUGAUACCAGUUUUUCUUUUGUUUAUUUACUCCUGAAUCGGAUUGUCAUCAACUUUUCAAUACUAUAACAUUAAUGUUACAGUGUGUUUCAGAUGUCUGUUAGUUUGAUGUCCAUGCUGUGCAAAAUCUCCAUGUGGCAUUUUUAUUGUUCACUAGAAGUAAAAAGCAUUACUUUUUUAGUACUUCCCAUAAUCUAUUAACCAAAUUUAUGUCUCAUAUUUUCUCUAUUAAUGCAAAUCUAAAUAGAUGGCAACAUGGUACUUCUUACAUCUAAAGUCAGUUAAAUUUUGCACAAACAUCAAACUGGAUUUUAAAGAAAAAAGCUGGCUGCUGUUUGAAUUAGGCAUGGAGCAGCAUAAUAUUUUCACAUUAUGAUGACCCUGAGUAAAAGCCCCACGGUUUCACAGUAUCAAGGUAUUUAAAUGAGUUUAAGAAACGUGCAAUAUGAUCUAAUUGCUUCUAUUUAAACCAUAGGGUUUCUGCAGGUUUUUUAAGAUGUAAAUUUAACCCUUUUUUUUAUUAUUCACUGACUUGAAAUUAAUAUGGUAUGGUAUUAACAAAGACCAUAAGUUUUACCAUUUGUACUGUCAGUAUGUACUUGGGGUUUUGGUUACAUGGAACAAUAAAAACAUGAUGCAAAAUUUAAAAUACAAAAUAAAUAGAAAAAAACAGAAGUUAUUAAAGCUUGUCAGGACAAUAAUUACUUACUGACUUACACCUUCAAGAAUCUUAAUUAAUUAGCUACAACAACAUUUAAUUUCCUUUUGGGACUAAUAAAGUAUUUUUUAAUUUGAAGGAAAGAAAUCUGGUAAUUAAAUCUACAUCAAGAUUUUUCACUUGAGGCCUCACGUUCCAUUAUUUACAUCUUAAAUUUCUACAUUUGUUCCUUCAUUGCUUCAUCUAUGAAAUGUUUUUGUUUGUUUUACUAAUAUAUUGGCAGCAUUGAUUCAUUCUGUUUGGUGGCUGAGGAAUUUAGCAAAAUGGAGGACAGCCAACAGCUCUGUAGGAAUGAAUUAUCACCAAACUCUCAAACUAAAUCAAAUUUUGCUCUCUCUACAUUUUAAUUUGCUUAGGCAACUACAAUUAAAUAGUCAUUUCCCACUAAGGACAAAUAGUCCUAUCCACUUCCAGCCCCUCUUUCAUGAAUAGGUGUUUGCUUAACAAGGUUUGGCUUAAAAACAGUUUUUGAUCGUUGGCGAAAGCCUGCCAACUACCGUUGACAAAAAGCUUUCUGUAUACUGAGUAAGAAGGAGUAAGAAAGUGACGAAGUGUAGUAACAUACUGUAUAUGCCAAAGUUAAACAAGAACAAAAAAACCCUCAAACUUAAGUUAUUUUUUACUUGCAUUGUAAGGUGAGCAGAAUUCUUCUAAUUAUGUGAAAAGCAAAUUAUGUUUUGUUUUAUUUUGAUACAGGUGCUAAAUAAAGAAUAGGUUUUUUAGUUGAAUAAAGCACAUAGAGUAGAUACAAAUGUAGCUAUUUGAUAUCUAAAUGAGAAAAAAUAAACUCAACUGGUUAUAACUCUAAUCACUAGAUGGCAGAUGUGUCAGAGUAGAAGUAGUAGAAAAAGAAACAAAACAGCAAAGCUUUUUUUGAAGAAAUACAGUGUGAAGAAAUCAGUUUUCCCACUAAGGACAAUUUGUCUCUUAUCCAGGAACAAUGACGACUCAAACACUGUGUUGAUAUUCUGGCAAGACUCCUUAACUGUCUGUAUUUCAUUCUACCGAAAUAUUUCCAGCUAAAUUUCUCUUAUUCCUUGGAGAGUGAAUACAUUUGUAGCCUUUUUUUUUUUUACCAGCUAACUGGCAGUGAGCAGCAGCAUGUUGUUAGGGGCAGUGCAUCACUUCUGUGCCUCAGAAUAAUAAAUCUCCAGUCACUCAAGCACUUUAUUUGGCAUCUCAUUUUAAAAAUCCUUCAAGCCAUGAAAAUGCCAUGACAGAAACUUUUGACAAUUUGAAAAUUUUUUUAAAUCCUUGCAAUACCUUGAUACCUGUGAGCAGCCCAUGCCUAAUUUGACUGAAUCUAUCUGGUCCAGUCAUUCAAAGGCUUCUCUUCAACAUGUUUUCCACACACUGACUGAGUUUAUUGGCGGCAUUGAGACCUCUGACUUUGGUAGAGUAUUGUACAGUGGUUAGGUUUCUUCAAACAUAUAUGAUGUUAUCAUCCAGUUUUGUAUGGUUUUGAUAAUGUGAAGCUACCUGAAAUGUUCUUGCGGCAUGGUGGACGGCUGUAAAGCAGGAAUGUAGCUCAGUGAAGAAGAGUUUAAAAUCAAGCCAGCCUGCAGUCAAUGUGUAUGGCUCACAGCUGGCUCAGCUCUGCUCAGUUUAAAAGAAAACUACAGGUUCUUAAAGUAAGAAGAAAGUGUGUUAUAUACAAGACGUCCUAAUGGGUUUCUUAUGUGUGUGCGUUUGCUGUGUGUGUGUUUGGACUUAUUUAGAUCUGUGCGUGCGUGCGUGUGUCUGUGUGUGUGCGUAUUUAUAAUGAGCACAUUGUAAGGCAGCACAACUGUUAAUUUGGCAGCCUGUUUUUCUUAAGUUAAACUGUCAAAAGUAGCUGCUAUAAUUACACACUCACAUUCGUUUGUAACUGCAGGCCUCCGAAGGACCCCUGCCAAGGCGUCCUAACAAUGCCGGUUAAAGCAGAAGGUGCUCAUUAUAGCUUUGAGAUUACCUACAGUAUUGUAAGUCUGUUUUUAUUUUCUUCUUUUUUUAAGAAAAAAAAAAAUUACUACACCCCCUCUGGCGAGAUAACGUUAUUUUCAUGUUAAAGUCUCUGUUUUGUAUUUAUUUACCAAAAUAAACUGCAAUUACCACUUAGUGAAGUAAGAUUCUUUUAUACAGACGCAGAUUUGACUUUUUACUAGGUUUUUUACUAGGUAAGGCUCCAACAAGAGCCUUAAACAUUAAAUGUAAAUUCACAGUGCCUUGCAAGAGUAUUUGCAUUCUCUGACAUUAAACCCACAAUCUUAGCUGCCUUCUAUUGUGAUUUUAUGUGAUAAACCAACCCAAAGUGAUAUGCAAUUGUGAAUUCAAAGACAAAUUAUGUAUGGUUUUAACUGUUUUACAAAUAAAAAUCUGAAAAGUGCAGCAUCCAUUUGCAUAUGCUCCUGCAGAGUCAAUACUUUGUAGAACCACAUUAUUCUUUGUGUAGAGCUGCAAGACAUUUAGGGAUAUCUCUGCUAUAGGCAGUCAUCUAUGUCAUCAAUAGGCUUUUUUUUUUUGCUCACCAUAUUUUUUCUGGAUAUUGGAUUGAACUGUUAUUUUUUAGAUGUUCAAAGCAUGAUAUGUUUUAAAAUCUAACUCUGUUUUGAACUUCUCAGCAACAGGCUAUUGUGUUCCUCAGUUUUCUCUUCACAAUGCUGCUUGUUCACACAGUACACCUUUAUUUAACAUGACAUAAAAUCACAAACAGAUGGACUCGGUUGAUGAAGGCAGUUGAUUGCAUCAGAGUUCAGGGGGCUGAACACAAAUGGACACCAUACUUUUCAGAUUUACUUGUAAAGCUAUUUUGAUAAAUUUUCCUAAUGUACAUUUCAUAAUUAUGCACUACUUGUUGCUAGUCUAAAAUCCUAGUAAAAGCUCUGGUUGUAAUGUAUUAAAAUGUGUUAUGAAUACUUUUGCACGGCGCUGUAAAUGCAUUUCUAUUAUUUAUACAGCUGUUGCUGUUAUAGAUCACUGACCCUUUACAGACUCCUAGCCUGCAUGUAUUGGUUUUUCUGUUUUUACACUACUGCUGAUGAAAACAUCGAGGUUAUUGUUGCUUUCAUUGCCUGGCCCAAGGAGAAUAUGCAAACUAGAGAAGUGAGAGAUCAAACCACAGAGCUUCCAUUUGGCAGAGAAAAUACUCCUCAUCUUGUGCCACAGCCACUCAAAUCCCCAUUUCCAUGUGAUAUCAACAAUAAGUCUGUGUUAUUUAGGAGUCUCAGUAAGAACUAAAGUGGAAUUUUUUUUAUUGUUGUUGUUUCAUUGCAUGUCACAUAAAAAUGUUGAUGCCCUAAUUCCACACAGUUUAGCAUAAACACCGCAAUAAAUAUAAUCUUUCAUUUGA